UUCAGACAAGGCGGCAUUAUUUCCCCCCCUUUUUUCAUCACUCUCAUUUCGCUCUCUCAAUAUUUCCACAACAUUUUGACAGUCAUCUCCUCUCUCAACUCGCUGAACCCUCUGGAUUUCAUCUCUCUGGAAUCUCUGGUUGAGGGUUAGUUGGGGGUUAAUCUCAGGCUUGUAAUUUGGGGUGCUUGGGAGGACCAGUGCACAUGAAUGAAGAGCCUGCAGAAUGUUCCUCCAUUUAUGUAGAACCUAUGAAGUGGAUGGAAGCAGUUCAAGAAGGUUUUGUGGGACAAAAGCUGCAGUGCAUUGGCUGUAAAGGUCGCCUGGGUUCUUUCAAUUGGGCAGGAAUGCGGUGCAACUGUGGAGCAUGGGUUAUUCCUGCAUUUCAGCUGCACAAAAAUCGGAUGGAUGAAUGCAGUCUGUCUAUAUUGGCUCAAUUUUUUCACUCGGAAGAAAGAAGUUUUUCUAUAACUGGCAACUCUCCACGGCAAGUCGUUUCUGAAGAAAUUUUAAAGCUAGAGACGAUGACAAGUGGCUGAUGUCUUUUGUCAUGCCCUCAAAGUAUGGUUCCAGCUUGCCAUUUCCCAAAGAUCCAUCAGUGGCUAUCAAAGAGGUGCCAAGCAAAAUUGUGGCAGUUGCUGCUUUUUUAGGUUGUUUGACGAGAGACAGAAACUGGAAAGGCAGACAAGUGAAGAUCUUAAUCUUACUCAGGAUCUUCGGUUGGGACUUGAGAACUUGGACUCUGCUCUUCAGGUUGCUUGGGCAGUCUUAAAGAAAAAAGGAAAAGAUUUAGUACUUAGAUAUUUUGUUGGUUGUUUUGUGACUGUUUGGUGGUAUUAUGUUGAGAGAUUGUGACUAUUGAUUUGGUGAAAGUUAUGACAGGGUUGCUUUGUAGUUAAAUGGCUUGUUUAGGAAGGGAUUUAUGAAUGUACAAGACAAAUAUUGCAAAAAUUUAUAAAGAGUGUUGCAUUUUACUUUUGUCAGUGUUGUAAUUUCUAUUUAUUUAGUGGUUCAUAUUUAAUUUA